AUGCCGUACCCGCCCAAUUACUUUACGAGGGCCACUGAAGAGGCCCAUAGAGAAUACUACGAGCUCCAAGACCUCUGCCCACCUCCCCCAUCACCAGCUGAACUUCGCCGACAACGUCGACGACAAGCAUACCUUGCCCGCUUCCCUCCAUCACCACCACCAUCACCAGAGCUACAGCGACCACCGCCCAUUGCACACUUAGACCCACGCACGCCUAGGCUGCAACAACAACCCGCCGUCGAACUUGGACAGCGAUUCGACUACCUCGCCUCGAUCCAUAGGGAGGCUAGGGCCAUUAUCAAGGACUUAAACUCGUCCUUGGAAAGGGAGAGUGCCCAUCCCGACGCCACUUGUAAAAGCGUCGAGGAGCUUCAGAGGGACCAGGCCAACCGGGUGGCCCUUGUGCCCCAUCCCCUCUUCUUCGGGUCAAAGACCCUUAUCCUUCAUCCAACCCACUCCACCAGCUCCACUCUUGAAACCAUUUCCGCCACAAUGGACGAGGAAAACGGCAUCCACCAGUUCCCAGGCGAGGACUCCGCCUUGGUGUUCACUACCCCAGCCUUUCUCAAGGCCUCAUCGGAAGACUUUUUUAUGCACGAGUCUCCGAACCCUUACGAAGAAACUCCCAUCCGGCCUCGACGAUCCAAGAGAUCCACCGGAGGGAAGACUAAGCCACGAGGCCUAGCGACCCCUCACUACACCGCAGCUACCGACUUCAGAUCCCAAACGGAAGGCACCCUUUUCGAGGGAAUGUCACCAUUCAAACAAGCUGAUUUUGAUAUGGCCGAAUACCUCAAUCUUUCGCCGGAGAAGCAGAUAACUCGCACUCCUGCUCCCAGACUAGCGAAAUCGCGUCUUAACCAGCUAAUGGAAACAGCAAAACCCGCCUCCCUAGGUGAUUUCGCCUUCACCACUCCAGCUCCUAACAUGAAUUGGGGUGGCAACGAGGAGAAUGAAAGUCCUAUUGAGGAUAUGGGCAUGCGAACCGUCACCAAAGCUAUCGAUCCUAGGGUCCUGGAACUAGACGAGACUGAUGAUGAUGAGAUCGUACCCCUUUCUAAUGUAAAGGCCCGUACCAAACCCUUUUCUCAGCGGCUCAGCGACAGGUCUUCCAAGAGAAGACGUAGCAAUGGUAUCACUACACCCAGUGAGCGCCUUCCACUACAGGAUUUGGAUGCAUCCGCUCAAAAUACGGUUCAGGCUGAAGUGCCUCUUGUAACACCUCAGAAGGAAGUUUUCGACAAGUCUGAGAAGUCCGAGAAGUCUACGCCAGCACCUUCUAGUCCUUGCAGUGACUCUGAAGACCUUCAGACACCCAAAGCAAUUCCUCCAACGACUAGUGUGAACACCACUCCACGUAUUCCUUCGACUGAUUCCGUUGAUAAGAAAGCGAGCCCCAGUCGUCUGCCGAUUUCAACCCGUCGAACACGAGCCCUCAGCGACCCUCCAUCACUUCCAUCUCAUCUUGACAAAACAAACAACCAAGGGGACGAAAGCAUGAAGACCUUCACCUUUUUACCAAAUCGUACUUGGCAUCUGGAGAUCUCCGUUCAGAACAGUCUUAAUUCCAAGCCAGUUCAAGUUGUUCCCGAAACCCCUGUUACUCCAAAGGCUAAACCAGUUGAAGUUCUAUCCGAACAAGACAAGGAAAUGAUGGAAUCACCUCGUUAUCAGGGUCUUCCCAAGUCACCUAUGCAGCUCAGGAAACUUGUGAUCCACACCCAGGAAAUCUUGGAGGCUGAGAGAAGAGCUAGAAUUGAGGCCGAGAAGACGAUCGAGUAUAUGAAUCAGGAGAGGCAGUUCCUCAUGCUGCAGCUGGACAAUGCCAAAAAACGUGCCAGAAGCAGAACAAACAGCCCUCGCACUAAGGGAACGAGGCAAGAUGCUGUAUCUGCUACACCGGCACCGGCUGCGGCUCAGGCAUCAUCAUUAUCCAGAGCUACGACUACUCCGGCUCGAUUUACGGACGACCCUCGAAGUGAAGGAUACGCCACUGACGAUGUUACAAUAGAACGACGACAAAAUCCAGCCUUGGCAGCUGCCCUCGCCCGCCAUCAAGAGGACGUCAUUGCCAAUCGCUUGACACCCAACGAGGCGGGAAGGAGACGCAGAGAAGUCAUUCGAGAGGCUGAGAAUUCUAAAAACAUGUCCGUUGAUGAGAAAGUUGAUUGGAACUAUCGUGAAGAACGAAGGGUCUGGGAGGAUAAGUUUGCCCAUGCGCAGACUUACAGAAAACCAACUGAAGCCGAACUUGAGAUCGCAGCUGCAUAUGCUAGGGACGAUGCGAAAGGCGAAAUCGAAGAGAGACGCCGAGCUAGGCAGCAACAACGGGACCGAGGAGAGGAGAGUCGACCUACCCCUGCAGCCCGUCCACCAUCAAGAACAAAUUCCACCCGUACUCAGACCAGUACCAGCACUCAAUCAUCAAGGCCGCAAUCCAUCUAUACCCGCCCUGGUUCGAGCCUUAGUUCCCGCCGAGACCCUGCUUCUCAGACUCGCCCAGGAUCUAGCCUUCAGGCUAGGCCGCCAUCCAGUCUUCAAACCCGUUCUGGCGCCUCGCGCCCACAAUCCACAGUCCAACCACGCACCCAACCAGCUCGUCCGCAGUCUCGUGUUCAGUCGACACGCCCUGAGUCUCGUCAAGAAGGUCCAUUACGUCAGAAGCCCGUUCGCGGGAACAGAUGA